CAAUGAAGCGGUAAAAACUCAAAGUAGAUUCAAGUGAAGUGGAUAAGGUUAGUUCAGGGACUUCAACUCCUGAUGAAUAAGGCACUCAUAAAUAGGCUAAUAUUAAGCAUCUGAGAAAACAUGCUUUUGUAAAUAGAGUUUCUCUUUUAGAUGACAUGGAUAAGGAUUCAGAGUUAAAUCGAACAAAGUUUGUUGGGUUUUAUAACAUGCUUUAUGUAGUGGCCUUUUAUUAUUUUAUCAUAAAUCCAAUCAUGUCAUAUUAUAAGACAGGACAUCUAAUUGAGACCUCCUUAUAUAAUUAAAUGAGAAGAGAUUUAUUCAUGUGUAUAGUAACUUGGCCUUUGGUAUCAAAUUAUUAUCAUCUAUUUAAAAGUUUUACGCUUGGAGUCACAUUGCAUUGCUAAUACAAUACUUAGCUAUGAUGAAUAUGCCAAAAACCUUAAUGUUCAUUACUCAACACAUUAGUUAAGUGUGUAUGUUUGUUUAUGCUCAUUAUUUGGUAUUAACUAGAGAUUGGUAUUUACCAUAAGGAGCAUUUGUAACAUUUUAAUCCUGUGUUUUCUUCUUUAAAAUGCAUUCUUACACUAUGACCAAUUACAAAAUGAGAAGAGAAUGGAUAGAUUCAGGUUGUCCAAAGAAUAAUGAUCCUUAUGCUUAUCCUAAUAAUAUCAAUUUCAAGAAUUUUACUUAAUUCAUAAUGACACCUGUGUUAGUGUAUGAACCAUAAUAUCCAUAAUCAGGUUAAAUUCGUUGGAAAUAUGUUAUUGUUAAAUUUAUGAAUACAAUGGCUAUGCUUAUUAUGGGAUAUAUGAUUGUUUCAAAUCAUAUCUAUCCAAUAAUUUAGAAUAUUAAAGAUCAUUCAUUACCUGAUUCAAUUUUUUAGAUGACAUUACCUUUAAUAUUUUUAUGUCUCACACUAUUUAAUAUGGUAUUUGAAAAUUAUUGUAAUUUCUGGGCUGAAAUCACUCAUUUUGGAGAUAGAUUAUUUUAUACUGAUUGGUGGAAUUCAACUGAUUUUGAAGAAUUUAAUAGAAAUUGGAAUAGACCUGUAUAUGAAUUCCUUUAUAGACAUGUCUAUUUAGAAUUAAUAUUUGAAUUUGGUAUAGGAGUAAAAAAGGCAUAAUUGGCAACAUUCAUGUUUUCUGCACUUUUACAUGAAUACACAUUAGCAGUAAGUUUGAAAUAAAUCACUCCAAUUAUGAUUAUGUUUAUGAUGAUUCAAUUACCAGUGAUGGUUUGGACCAAAAGAAUUAAAGGAACAAAAUUUGGAAAUCUUUUCUUUUGGUUUGGAAUCAUAUAAGGUUUACCCCUUAUUUUGAAUCUCUACCUUAGAUUUGAUGAAUUACCAAAACUAUUGUUACCAUGA